UAUAUAUAUAUAUAUUAAAUGCCACAGUUAUCUCUUUUCUUGUUGAGAUUGAUCAAAUUAAUUUGUGUCUAAUUGUUUAUAAUUUGAUAAUUUCCUUUUUUGGUCAACUUAAUUUGAUAAUUUCUAAAACCUUGGAAAAGACUAAAAUUAAAUCGUAGAAAAAGGAAACCGAGUAAAAAAAGUUGUUGGGUGGAUCGGAUGUUAGAGUCGGUUUGACCAUUAAGUAAAUGCAAAUACAGGUAGAAUUAUAGUUUACAAAAAAAAAUAUAGGUAGAAUUUGAAUAGAGUUGUUUAUGCUGAGAGACACGUUGUGUCUUUUGUUCACUCUUAAAGACACUUUGUAGUUACAACACACAAAGUUGGGACAGGUGUCUUUGUUGCUGACCAAAAAGCCCUUGGCUUAUAAACCAGCAUGAAUGGGAAGAGCAUAUUCUCUUUAAGGAACCAAACCAGAUCACAAAUCUCGUUGGAAUAAAUGAAACAAGGGAAAAAGUAAAAGCAGUUGUCUGGGUUUGAGUGUUACUAUCCUGCCCGUCAGAUCAUUUUUUUAAAAACGAUCUAAUGGCUCAGAAAAGCCUUAUUGUUUUCGCUUGUAAUUAAUAGCUACCGUAAGAAAUGCGUCUUCUUCGACAAUUCUUUGCUCUGGGUUUGAGAUUAGGUGGGUGAAGUGUCAUGGAUGACAUGGUUGUGGUUGUAGAUGUUUUGGUUUGCUUAAGCUUUGUUUUGCGUGGACGACAUGGUUAUGGUUGUGGUAGGUAUGUUCAGUCUAGUCGUUUGAAUGUAAGGGCUACUUUGAGGCCAAGAUUAGGAUGGACGUGGUUAGCAUAACAGUAUUGUGGGUUGUGUUUUGUUGUGGACCUGCUUGUUUAGGGUGUGUAUGUCGUGAAAGUGUUGUUAUGGUUAAGUGGGUGUGGUUAGUGUGUCAGGUUUAGUGGUCUGAUUGUGGUGCAAAACGGGUGUUGUGGUUCAUUAUGGAUGACAUGUUGGUGGUUGGCAUGUGGUAAACAAGAACCUUUAGUGGACUGUGUUAUGACUUAGUUAUGAAGGUGGUGUAGUGGUUGUGGUCAGUUUCAAUUUUGUAGUAGAUGAAUAAUUCAAUUUUAGGGUGUGGUUGUGGUCUGGGUUUGAGAUUAGGUGGGUGAAGUGUCAUGGAUGACAGGGUUGUGGUUGUAGAUGUUUUGGUUUGCUUAAGCUUUGUUUUGCGUGGACGACAUAAUUAUGGUUGUGGUAGGUAUGUUCAGUCUAGUCGUUUGAAUGUAGGGGCUAAUUUGAGGCCAGGGUUAGGAUGGACGUGGUUAACAUAACAAUAUUGUGGGUUGUGUUUUGUUGUGGACCUGCUUGUUUAGGGUGUGUAUGUCGUGAAAGUGUUGUUGUGGUUAAGUGGGUGUGGUUAGUGUGAAGCUUUUCUGGGCUGAGAAACGUAAAAAUCUCAAGAAUUUCUGAGACGAUGAUAUGGUGACACAGAGAUGCAAAUCUGGAGAGGAGAUACAGGAAAUCAAAGAGACAAGGGUUUGGGGAGGUUUGAUUUGGACCAGAACGCUAAAGAACUUCUGGGGCGACAAGCGGAAGGUGAGACGAUGAUAUGGUGAAACAGAGAGGGGGAUUCGGAGAGGAGAAUCAGAAAAUCGAAGAGAGAAGGGUUGGGGGAGGUCUGAUUUGAGUUUAAUUUCAGAUCAUCUUUCUGGAUCGAGGAGAAGACACUAGAGCAUGAGGUUAGGGUUCAUCAGGGGUUGAAGAAGAUAAAUCAAAAAUGUGAAAAGAGAAAAAGUAAGAGAAGUCGUAGGUUGUAAAAAGUACAAAAAAAAAGGAAGCAAGAUGUUUUUGGUUAACUAGAUUGGUCUAGUUGGGUUGGGUGGGUUUUACAAACUAAGUAAAUUUGUCUCUAGUUGAGGGUUAUAUUAGUAAAAAGAGCAUGAGAAAGUGUGCUAUAGCACAAUGUGCCUUUGAGUGAAAUUGAUAACACAAAAUGUGUCUCUGAGGGUAAAAAUUUCAUUUGAAUAAGCUACCUAAGAGUCUUUUUUUUGCCUCUGAUUUUUAUAUUUUUUUUAUAUCUCAUUCGAUCCUUUGUUUUAUUUCAAAUUAAUGAAAUUUAUCUUCUUUUUUAUUGGACAAAUUAUUUGAAAACAGAAAAGGAAAACUAAAAGAAAAGGAAACUCUAACAAAAUCAUACUCAAAAAGGAAAUAAGUAUCUCUCUCUAGUCUUUCCUCUGUAGUCUCCUAUAAAUACAGCACACAUCAACACCAAAACUCUCAUCCUUCUCAAACAAUGUCGACAGCAACAACCAAAGCAUUAUCGCUUCUUGUUCUUCUCUUCUUCGUGUCCUUUGUUCACGCAACAGACCCAUGUCUGAUCAGCUCCAUCUACCAGUUCGGAGACUCCAUAGCCGACACCGGGAACCUAAUCCGCAACGGUCCUACCGGAGCUUCAACUCCCUCUCCUAAACCCUUACCUCAACGUAAACCCCACGCAACCGUCUUCUUCAGUAACGGAGUUAACUUCGCCGUCGCCGGAAGCACAGCCUUAAACAGCUCUUUCUUCACCUCAAGGAACCUCCACGUACCGGCGACGAACACACCUCUCUCCACUCAGCUCUCUUGGUUCAAGUCUCAUCUACGUUCCACGUGUCACAGCCCAUCUUGUUUGAAGCAGUCUCUUGUCAUGAUGGGUGAGAUAGGAGGAAACGACUACAACUACGGUUUCUUCCAAGGCAAGUCAACGGAAGAGAUCAGAAGCUACAUACCCCACGUGGUCGGAGCCAUCGCAGCCGCGGCUAGAGAAGUGAUCCGAGCCGGUGCGGUUAACGUGGUCGUACCGGGAAACUUCCCCGUCGGAUGUUUCCCGAUUUACUUGACGUCUUUCCCCGUGAACGAUCCAAAAGCUUACGACGAUAAAGGAUGCUUGAUUCGUCUUAACGAGUUCGCCAUGGACCACAACAACCAACUCCAAGAAGCUAUAAGUUCUUUGCAAAAGGAGUUUCCCGGUGUGGUUAUCGUCUACGGAGAUUACUACAACGCGUUUCAGUAUGUUCUGCGCGGUUCUGUGGGAUUCGACAAGAGUGUAGCUUUGAAGUCGUGUUGUGGGAUCGGUGGAGGUUACAACUACGAUGGAAAGAGACAGUGUGGAGCUGUGGGAGUGCCGGUUUGUCAGAAUCCAGACAAGUUUAUAAGCUGGGACGGAGUGCACUUGACUCAGAAGGCGUAUAGGUUCAUGUCUAAGUUCUUGAACUACAAGAUUCUUCCGCAGAUCAAGUGUGGUGGAGCUUAACCAAGCAAGAGUGUUUCCUUCUAGUUUGAUAGUUUGUAUUUUCCUUUCAGUUGAUUAAUUAAUGCGAUGAUAACAACAUGUAAUUUUUUUUUCAAUGUGUAUAAAGUAUAAACUACUUGCAAAUUAAUGUUCUUGCAAAUACAGUAAAAAUUCUAUAAAUUAGCAAACACGUUAAAUUAUUAAAUUCAUUCGGUUCGAAUUGAGCUGGUUCAAAAUAUAACACAAAUCAAUAAAAUAAUAAGAUAAUAAGUUUUUUAAAAAUAUAUGUAAAUAUAUAGUUUCACUAAAAUUAUCAAUCAAAAAUAUAUAUAAGGUUUAUCUAAGUACAACAAAACAUUAUAUUAUUUGUUUUAUAAUUACAAUGAAAUUCAUCUCUAUUUUUUCGUAACACUUCAAAAUAUUUUGAUAAUAUUUAGUUAAUUAUAUCUAAAUCUAAAUUUAAAUUCUAUGACACAUAUUUCGUACCAAAUCCUAUAACAAAAACGAUAUAAAAAUAGAAUUUUUCAAAUUUAAUUAAUAUAUAUACAAUAUACUAUACAAAAUAUAUUCUAAAAUAGAAAAAUAUUUUUUUUUGUAAAUUAAUAUAAUUUCAUAAACUAAAUAUUGUUAAUUUAUAGAGAUUUUACUGUAUAAACACAGCUAACCUAACCGGGAUGUUAAAAAAACAAAGCUACGUAACCUAACCGAAUGGGUCACUCACUGCACAAUUUGGGUUUAGUAUUUAUUCUCUUCUCUCCAAAAUGAGCUAAACCGAAACGGAAUCAAGCCUCACUAAAUCCCGGUUAAAGCGAAAGC